GGAGUGCUUCUGAAAGUUUCCACGCAGCUGGAGCAUCUGUGCCGCCUGAAUAUCGCGCAAGAACCAACACUGCAUCGCAAAACCGGCAUCAUAUGCACUAUUGCAAAAUUGCAGUACCAUGCGCAAACAGUGGAGAAUAUUAGAGCAGCAAUUGAAAACCCUGCCGAAACGGAUGUGGCAAUCGCUUUGGAUACCAAGGGACCAGAAAUCAGGACCGGGAUCAUUGAAACGGGGAAAAGUGACGAAGUGCUGCUGAAGAGGGGCAUGGAUUUGGUGCUCACAACAGAUGAUGCUUACAUGUCAAAAUGCACCACUGAGCGGAUUUAUGUGGAUUACAAAAACAUGACAAAAGUGGUGCGCCCGGGUUCCGUGAUUUACAUCGAUGAUGGCCUCAUCAUGCUUAUUGUAAACAAAAUCGAAGACGAGUCGAUUUACUGUAAAAUUGAAAAUGGUGGCUUAUUGGGAAGUCAGAAAGGUGUGAAUCUUCCGGGUGCACUUGUCGAUUUUCCAGCAGUCACCAAUCGCGACUAUAGCGAUUUGCAGUUUGCUGUCAAACUGGGUAUUGACAUCAUUUUUGCAUCAUUCAUCCGAAACGCUGAUGGAAUCCGUGAAAUACGUAAGGUGCUUGGCGAAAAGGGCAAGCAAAUCAAAGUCAUUGCAAAGAUUGAAAAUCAACAAGGCGUUGACAAUUCUGAUGAAAUAAUUCAAGAAGCCGAUGGAAUAAUGGUAGCUCGUGGUGAUCUGGGCAUUGAGAUACCACCCGAGAAAGUUUUUCUCGCCCAGAAAAUGCUAACUGCAAAGUGCAACUUAUACGGCAAGCCAGUCAUUUGUGCAACACAGAUGCUCGAAUCGAUGAUACACAAGCCAAGACCGACUCGUGCUGAAGGGGCUUGCCGCAGCGUGCAUCAAACGAUCAGUGUAAAUCUGUGUGCCAGGUUUUAUGAGUUAAAUAGUAACAUGUUACCAGGCAGUGAUGUGGCGAAUGCGGUUCUAGAUGGUGCUGACUGUGUAAUGCUGAGUGGCGAAACCGCAAAAGGACAGUACCCCGUUGAAGCGCUUUCAACGAUGGCGCAGAUCUGUAAGCAAGCAGAGACGGCAAUCUUUUACACGAAAGCCUCGGAAGAACUGAUACGGAUGACGCCAACGCCGACCGAUGAUGCGCAUACAAUAGCUAUUGCGGCCAAUUCGGCGGUGCAAUCCUGUCAUGCUGUCGCCGUCAUUUGUGUAACUGUUACCGGAAGAGCAGCAACACUUUUAUCUCGUUAUCGGCCGCCAGUGCCAAUUUUUGCGGUUUGUCGUGACCGAAUGAUUCGAAGGCAGCUUCACUUAUGGCGAGGCGUUUUCCCGCUGUAUUUUGAAGCUCAAAGUACGGACUGGCGUGUGGAUUUGUACGAUCGCAUACGUUAUGGAAUAAAAUGUGGUAAGGAACGAAAAGUAAUACGCGAUGGCGAUUUGCUAAUUAUCGUCAGCGGCGCUACACAGGGAUAUGGUGCCACAAAUGGCUUGCGCAUCAUCAAAGCCUAA